AGUAUAACCAAGGUCGACAAGGAGAUUGAAGUUAGUGCUAGUUAAAAUGGUGCAGCAAUAUAUUGCGGUUUGUGCGUUGUUUUUUGUGUUUGUUUGUUAUGUUCAUGCAGAUUACAGAAUUGACUGUAUAUCUCCAAAUAAAGAAAACACAAAAUGUGAGUCAAUAUAUAAGUGCAAAACAUUUACAGAUGCUAUUAAAGGUACUGUAACGCAAUCCCAAAAAGAUUUCAUGAAAGAAUCCCUAUGUGGAUAUUACGCUAAUCUACCUGUAGUGUGUUGUGGCUCUCAUUCUGACUACACAGAUUCCAACCGACCUCCAAAACGAACUAGAAGAAACACAGAGUUUAAGACGAAUUCUCUAAUUCCGGAAACUCAAUGUGGAUUGCUGGUGAGUGACCAUCUUACAAGUGGGCAACCACAAGACUUUCCAUGGGCAGUAAAACUUAUCUAUAACCAAACUUUACACCGUUGUGAGGGGACCUUAAUACAUAAAAGAUACGUCCUAACAUCCGGUCAGUGUGUAAACAAAUUUAUUGUCAACUAUCAUGGAAAGUUAGCUAAAGUUACACUAGGUCUUUCAAAUUGUUGGAAUGAAAAAUCUUGUACAAAAACUGCACUUGAUGUUGGCAUUGAAGGAGUUACAAUACAUAAGGACUUCGGUACAGUGCGAGGUGUACCUCACGAUGAUAUUGCAUUAAUUCGACUGGAUAAGGAUAUAACUUUUAACGAUAACAUUUUCCCGAUCUGUUUACCCCAACAACUUGAAGAAGCUGAAGUUGGUGAUGAAGUAACUGAAGUUGGAUGGUUAAAAAAGAGUCCAAUAAAACUGAAUACCAAACUUACAAUAGUUGACACUAAACUAUGCCAGGAAUAUUACAAAGUAGAAGAUUAUAAUAUAACAACAGUAACUGAAAAAAAUAUAUGCGCAGGGGGAUACGAGACCAAAAUUUGUACUGGACUAAAGCAUGCACAAGAAGAUCUUGAUAAAAUUAAAGCUACAGUAAAAGAAGAACUUCGUAAAACUAUACUUCCACUUCUAGAGCAAAAGAUACGAAAAAUAAUCAAAGAUGUCCAGAAUACACUAAACAAUGAUUUGGAAAACAAUACAAAUAUGGUAUUAAAACUAAUUAAAGAUGAUUUGAAAAUACUGAAAAAGGAUAUGGAGGAUGCUCUCGAGCAAAAGUUCCAAAAAAUAAUCAAAGAUGGUCAGAAUACACUAAAAAAUGAUACGGAGAACAGUAUAAAUAUGUUGAAAAAAAUAAUCCAAGAUGAUUUUAAUACACUGAAAAAGGAUACGGAGAACAAUCUAAAAUCUGCUGCAGAAACAGUUGCAAAGCAUACGAUAGAGACCAGAAGAAGCAGAUAUGCUGAAUCUGAAAGAAUGCUGACCGGUGCGUGGACCACUUUGGAAAUUAAUAAGGCCUUAGAGAAAGGGUAUAAAAUACAAAAUAUAUACGAGGUUUGGCACUUUGAACAAACUUCUACGGAUUUGCUUAAAGGGUACGUUAGUGAUUUUAUUAAAAUAACAUUGGAGACUAGUCCACAUAUGUAUGCCUCUAACGAAGAGUACGCUCGGGCUGUAAAAGAGCAAAUGGACAUAGAGCUCGAUUUAUCGAAAAUAGCCACAAAUCCUAGUAAACGAGCAGUCGCUAAAAUAUGUCUGAAUAGUCUAUGGGUCUCGUACGAUUACAAAGACGUGUUUGUUGAAGAUCCCACAUCUACAAAUAUUUUUGUGGCUUUAUUUACGACAAGUAACGCUCGUCUAAGACUGUACGAUAUGAUUGAUGGGCUAGGAGAGGCUGUAGCUUAUUUCGACACAGACUCCAUUGUUUACAUUGAUGAUGACCUAAACACUGUCGAAACAGGUGAAAUGUUAGGCGAUUGGAGUGAUGAGUUGUCUGGAUAUAAUUACAAAGUUGAAUGGCUCAGUAGAGGUCCUAAAAGUUAUUACUACAAAACAGCCAAGGGCAAUGAGGUGACUAAAAUCAAAGGUUUUACAUUAAACCACGAAAACAGCCAGACACAAACAAAAAAGAAAUAG